AUGGAUGCUUCUGCACCCUCAAACUUCUGCGAAACCACCGAGCCACCCAAUUCGGAAAAAUCCACUAAUGGCCCCAAUUCGAUAUUGCAGAAAGCUGAGGAUAAUGACUUGAGUGACUUCCCAGACGGCGGCACCAGAGCGUGGCUCGUUGCUGCUGGAGCGUCCGGAGCAUUCUUCUGCACACUUGGGUACACCAAUGUGUUUGGCAUAUUCCAAGCAUACUACAUGAUCAAUCAACUUCCCGAUGAAGGAGCCUCUAAGAUCGCAUGGAUCGGCUCGGUUCAAGCCUUCCUCAUUUUUGCUACGGGAGCAAUUGGGGGUCCGUUAUUUGAUCGAUAUGGUGCCUGGAUAUUGCGCCCUGCAGCUCUGUUGUACAUUUUUGGUGUAAUGAUGACGAGUAUUUGCAAAAAGUACUGGCAGUUUAUGCUCGCUCAAGGAGUACUAACCGGGCUGGCCAAUGGCCUAGUCAUGUUCCCUGCUUUGGCUGCUGUUCCUCAGUGGUUCGACAAGAAUAGAGGUGCUGCAAUGGGACUAUCCAUCGCCGGAUCAUCACUCGGAGCCGUAGUCUUUCCAAUAAUGCUGUCUAAUCUACUCACCAAGACAGAUCUCGGCUUCGGCUGGUCUGUCCGCAUCACAGGGUUCGUCAUGCUGCCCGUAUUGGUGUUCAGUGCCGUGGCUGUUCGAUCCAGACUGCCGCCGAGAAAGACGAGAUUCUUCUUGUGGUACUCGUUCACAAACACCAUGUACGUGUUGCUCGUUGCGGCUAUAUUCUUUGCCAUGAUCGGCAUGUUCGUGCCUCUCUUUCUGAUACCGGCCUACGCCAUAUCAAAGGGAAUGAACGAAACUCUGGCCAACUAUCUUGUCGCUGUGGUCAAUGGUGCCUCCAUUUUCGGCCGAGUCAUCCCUGGUGUUUUGGGCGACAAGUUUGGCCGUGUAAACACGCUCAUCGGCGCAGCGGCAGCCACCGCCAUUCUCAUCUUUUGCUGGCCCAGGGUCGAGUCCAACGCUGCCAUCAUUGUGUUUUCGGCCGUCUUCGGCUUCGCAUCUGGCGCCAUCAUUUCGGGCGGCUCCGUCGCCGUGACCCUAUGUGCGGAUCAUCCAAAGAACAUCGGCACAUACAUGGGUGUUGGCAUGGCACUAGCGUCCUUUUCCGCACUCGUGGGGCCGCCAGUCUCUGGAAGCAUGGUAGAUCGAUACAAGGGCUUUCACGAGUUAUCAUACUUCAGUGGUGCCAUGACAUUAUUCGGUGCCGUGCUAGCGGUUGUGGCAAAGCUUGUGUCUCCCGUAGGUCUCUUUGGAAGAACUUGA